AUGAUGGAAGUAACAGGCGAAGAACUUGCUGCAGAAGACAACGACAUUCCGCAGUAUUUUCUUCCGCACCACGCCAUUCUACGCCCUGAUAGCACGACCACGAAGCUCCGCAUUGUCUUCGAUGCAUCCUGCAAGAGCGGCUCCGGACCAUCAUUAAACGACAUCCUGAUGACCGGUCCGACUAUCCAGGACACACUCAACGACAUUGUUCUUCGCUUUCGGCUGCCACCGCUGCACUGUGGUCCACAACCAUUGCUGGCUGUCAUCCGUCAACAGUUCUGGCCAUUGGGUGGCCGGAAUUUGGCCCGCGACGUGGUGCACAAGUGCGUUACCUGCGUGAAAGUUCGACCUGGCAACCUCGUGCAACUGAUGGGGUCGCUGCCAGCCGUUCGAGUAAUCCAAUCGUACGCCUUCGAAAAUGUAGGCGUGGACUUCGCCGGCCCUUUCUACCUCCAGCGGCCGAGCCCCCGCGUGGCACCGAAGAAAAGUUAUGUGGCUGUCUUCGUUUGUAUGGCCACCAAGGCCACUCAUUUGGAGCUGGUCAACGAACUUACUACAGCGGCAUUCAUCGGAUGUCUUCGUCGCUUUGUCGCCAGGCGCGGUCGGCCACACAACAUAUAUUGUGACAACGCCACGAACUUUGUGGGUGCUGGACGUGAAGUGCGCAACCUUUUCCGCUCUUCACAACAUCGUCAUUCCGUUGCACAUGAGGCAGCUUCCCAGUCGAUUCAAUUUCAUUUCAUCCUGGCCAAAUCGCCCAACUUCGGUGGGUUAUGGGAAGCCUGCGUAAUAUCAAUGAAGCAUCAUCUACGUCGGGUCAUCGGAAACGCAUUUCUACCACGCGAAGCCUUCUGCACCGUUCUCGCUCAGGUGGAAAGCUGCCUGAACUCGCGACUCAUCACACCGCUGUCCAGCGACCCCAACGACAUGCAAGCGCUAACGCCUGGGCGUUUCCUGAUCGGCCGGGCUCUGUGUGCCCUUCCGGACUCCGAUUACAUCACCAUCCCGGAGAACCAUCUUCGCCUUUGGGAGCGCGUGCAGCGCCACAUCCAACACUUCUGGAAGAGAUGGCACCGAGAAUACCUCACCACCUUCCAGCAACGGUACAAAUGGCUGUGUAUCCUUCCAGUCGAAGUAGAUCCAGCGAAAUUUUCGAGUGCUAGUACUGGUCCCACGUCAGUACCGGCAAACUCCACAGGGUCAACUGACGAUCUUGGUCACCUCAGUGCCUCUGCAGGAGCAGCUGGCCCAAUCCGUGACGUAGUAUUAAGUGAAGAUGAAGAUUAA